CUGCCUGCCUGCCUGCCUGCCUGCGUCGGCGUGCAGAGACCGGUGAGCUCUCGCAGCAGCCAAAUCGUCUCUAGUGGCGCGCGCAAACACUCACCUUCCUGCGGCCUGCCCUUUUGACGUCGUUUUCCACCACAAUGCUCAGACCCUACCCGAGACAUUCAACAAUGCACCCACAACCACACCGCGCAUUCACCACGCUGCCCCGGUAGCUUCGCCCACCAGCACCAGCACCACGAAGCGGUCAACACGUCUGAUCAGCCUCGCUUGCGCGGACGCUGCCGUCCCCGCCGUCGCCCGGGCCCAGAAGCGCAACAACACUCGAUCCCCAAACGCAGCCUGACCGCGAAUCAGGCAUCACUGUCAUGUCUCCUCGCGCAAAGCCGGCCGAGGUCGCCGACUACGACAGCGACGAGAGUCGCAUCGUUUCUGGCACGGAAGUCUCGGCGAAGGCCAGCAAGCGCCGCCCGCUGGACCGCUCCUCCUCCAAGGCGCCGCGACAGGGAGAGCAAUCAAGUCGGACGGCCGUUCCCUCGAAAUCUGCAAGUGAUUCUGGCUACUCAUCGACCCCAGCAGCCGCAGCAGGCCCCAAGAGUGCUACUGCUGCGGCGCCCAACACGGCGUCCCAAUCGGCGACAAACACGUCGCACCAGAAGGCAUCUACUGCAAGUCCCGCAAAGGGGAAGCCCAUCAUUCAUCGAGCGGACAGUGCACGGAGCACCACCAGAAGCGCCACUGUUUCCAACACGACUGCAAAGCUGAAGGACUGUCGUGACUCAAAGUGCCAACAUCCAGAGUGCGAGAGCAAACGCAACCCGGAACGCCGGUAUACAAACCCAAAUCGCAUGUCCAUGCCGCCACCAGCCACGAAUUAUACAUAUCAGCAGCAGUAUGACUAUGCUAAGAUGCCGCCGCCAUCAGCAAUAUCUCGGCCACGUGCAGAGUCCAUCAGUCGACCGAGGCCGCAGAGCAUCCACGCACCAGCUGGCGUGUCAAUUCCUUACACAUCGGCUCAGUCUGGACAACCACCGUCAGUUUCUGCAUACUAUGGCUAUCCCCAAGGGUCAUAUGGACAAGCCCACACAGGGUAUGGAUCAACUCCUACGCAUCAGUCCGCGAUGUAUCCGCCGCCAUCAACAGCGCCAGCAGUACAACCAACACCGUCUUCCCCUCUCACCGGCACAUACCCUGGCUUCCCAGGACAUACGACGGCCAAGUACUCCGCCCGCACUGGCAACCCAGCCGUUCCCGGACUGGCCAAUUCGAUCACGAUGCCACCGCCAGCCCCAGCUUACAAUGUCUCGAUGGGCACCUCGGCUCGUGGCGAGCGUCGCGCUCUACCACCAGCUGUUACUAACAACAGACGGAGUCGCGGUGAUGAUUACACAUCAUCGGAAUCCGAGAGCUCCGAUGAUGACAGCUAUGAAGACGAGCGUCGGUACGAGCAAUAUCGGACCCGCGAUGCAAAGCGCAUCAGCUAUGAGCCUGCACGAUCGAAAUCACGGCGGCGCGAAUCUAAUGUCGUUGUUGAAGACCCACGCAGGCCGACCACAAAGAAGUACCACACGACAUCUGAAUUACCAACGAGAAGGGGAAGCCACCGGCCAUCGGCGUCCCGACCAGAUCUUGCGUACAGGCCAAGAUCAGACCCGAACGAUCAGUACCUGUCGUCAUCCGAGCAUUAUGAUUCGGGCACGACCUCCAAAGCUGCCGUGGGUGAUCGCAGACACACUGAGCGACGCAAUGCAGUGGACAGACACAGCAGGAGACCUUCAGUGGCAUCAUCCUACGAUACGCCACCGACCUCGCUAUCAAGCGGUACUGCCUAUGCUCAGGCCAUUGUGGAAGACAAGUACGGCCGUCGACGAGUGUACCUUUCAAAGGAGGAAGUCGAUGCUCUCACCUUACAACGCGAACGCGAAGAACGCCGUGAAGGACAUCGCGACCGUCUGGAGGAUUCGAUCUUGCAGCAAGAACGCAUCGAGAGGUACCAGAAAGACAUGUCAGCUGGCAUCGAGCGGCAAGCCUUCACAGCGGCCGAUAUCAAGCAAGCGAACCGCAGGUCCACUAUGUCUCAUGUUUCUGGUCGUAGCCACAAGAGCACCACUUCGGGGUCGAAGCUCUCUCGAGGCGGUGGAUUGAUGAUAGAGAGCAACGGGACCGUUCUGUACCUCGAAGAGGGCAUACAAGAGAUCGCUCUCAAGGCCGCCGACGACGGUGGUACUCGUGUUGUCAUCGGAUCAGGUGGUCGCGAGACUUCAUACAACGGCAGCAAAUCCAGCGGAAGCCGCGUCGGUCGACCACGGACAUCCCGCAGCCGGACUCUACACGACGAGGGCGGAUACGAGAAAGACUACUGAUGAAACACGCACCAACUCAUGAUCAACGAAUAUGGACAUCCCUCCUCAAGAGGAUGCAUCAACUGAUGCUAUCAUCGGCCUAAAGGUCAACGCAGCAACGACUCUACGAGAUUUACACAACCUUUGACGAUUUUGGUCGCACGACCAUCACACCUCAAACCUUCACCUUCGAUCUUCCGACAUCUUCCAACAUCCUUCAGCAUUUUCCAGCAUCUCCUUUGAGCGUUUCCUGGCGAUUCAGCGAUUUCUUAGCUAGCAUGGCGCUUCCUUCCAAGCAGCGCAUUUCUUCAUCUUCUUGUACUGGAUACCCGGCGGCCUCACAUGCUUACUCCUUGACAUCCUUUUACCAUCGACUCCAGCUCCACGACCGCUGGGCGGCAGAUUGGAAGCACUGGGAGCGACCAAAAGUCAAAAAGUACGUUUGUUUGUUUGCACGAAGGGCUAUUCAGGGGCUGCUAUUGUUGCAGUUUUGUUUCGCAACCAGAGAGAGAGAAAGGGGCACCGAAAUUGGUGGAGCAGCGGCCCUCGCAACAGAAAAGAGGAGGGAAGCGAGAGGGACUUCCCGUUGAUGGUCAUCUGGGAUGACUCUCUUACCGGUGUUUAUUUGGCCCAUGUUAGCGAUACCCCCCAAAUUAUUUUUAUGAGCGUUUCUUCUGAUAUGCAUGUUUGCACGGUUCUGUAAGAGGAGGGAUUGGUAUGGCUCGCGUUAUGCUUGAGCAUCAAAUUGUUCCUUCUUAUCCUUCUCGCUUUUGCUCCUUUCAGCACGAGAACAGGCGGGAAUGUAAUGGCAGACGAUGAGAUUGUACGAGAGUCAUGGCGCAACGGACGAGCACAGACACAAAGCACGCACAAAGCACGAGCCCCAAGGCAACAAAAAGACCGACAUCAAUCAUCAGUAGCUAGGAAGUACAAAUUGGGAAACGACACACGCAUUCGCCCAUUCCUUUUGCGAUUGGGAAGCAAGAAAUACCUUUGCCGA